UGUUACCAGGCAGACAGCCUUUCCAAUAUGGCAGCGGCGAGCAACGCAGAGCAUACGCAUUUGCAAGAUAUGGAAGAAGACGACGCGGAGAUGGAUGAUCGGCAAAUGGACUCGGAGAGCGACGGCGAAGAAGGCAUGGGAGUGGACAAUUCGGACGACGAAGAGGACGAGACGUCAGAGGACGAGAAAGAAAAUGAAGCCGAAAUCCAACGCCUAGAAGAGCAGCUCUCGAUCAAUGCCUUUGACUACAACUGCCAUGUUGACCUCAUCAAACUACUGAAGCAUGAGGGCGAGCUGAUCCGUUUGCGAAAGGCGAGACAGAAGAUGAGUGAACUUUUUCCUCUCACAGAAGAGAUCUGGCUAGACUGGCUCAAGGAUGAGAUUCGCAUGACUGAAGAAGAACCAAACCGAGAAAAAGUCAAUGAACUUUUUGAAAAGGCUAUAAAAGACUACAUUUGCCCCGAUAUCUGGCUGGAAUAUGCCCAGUAUUCCAUUGGGGGCAUGGGCUCGCCAGGUGGCAUUGAAAGGGUGAGAUCCGUUUUCGAGAGAGCAAUCACAGCUGUUGGGCUUCACAUGACCAAGGGACAAACGGUGUGGGAGGCGUACAGAGAAUUUGAGAAUGCCAUCCUGGCCACGGUACAGCCUCCUCCUGGCAAGAUUCCCAGCCACGAUGAGCAAGAGCUGCUGAACAAGCAGCUUCAGCGCAUCCAUACACUGUUUCGCCGCCAACUGGCCAUCCCCUUAAUGGACAUGGAGGCAACAUAUGCAGAGUAUGAGGAAUGGUCUGACAAUGCGCCACCUGAGGAAACUGUGCAUCAGUACAAAAGUGCUUUGCAGCAGAGGGAGAAGUACAAGCCCUUUGAAGAGUCCCUGUUAGUGGCAGAGACGCCUAAAUUGGCCGAGUAUCAGGCCUACAUCGACUUUGAAAUGAAAGAAGGGGACCCGGCCCGCAUCCAGAUGACGUUUGAGCGGACUUUGAUCGACAAUUGCCUGGUACCGGACAUGUGGACCAAAUACGCUACAUAUCUUGACCGUCAACUGAAAAUCAAAGAUCUGGUUCUCUCCACUCAUGAUCGUGCUGUCAGAAACUGCCCGUGGACUAUGAGUCUUUGGAAGAGCUAUUUGCAAGCCAUUGAGAGGCAUGGGGGCACUCAUCAAACUGUUUCAGAUUUGUUUGAAAAGGCUCUCAAUGCAGGGUUCAUUCAAGCGACGGAUUACGUGGCGAUCUGGCAGGUAUAUCUCGACUACCUGAGGAGACGUGUGGACUUCAGCCAAGAGUCGAGUCAAGAAUUGGAGGAGUUGCGCGGAUCCUUCACGCGCUGUUUGGACUACAUGAAACAAGAUGUUGAAGAAAGAUUUGGGGAAAGUGGAGACCCUUCCUGCAACAUCAUGCAAAUCUGGGCAAGGAUAGAGGCCCUGCAUUGUAAAAACAUGCAAAAAGCCAGAGAACUGUGGGACAGCAUCAUGACAAAAGGGAAUGCCAAAUAUGCCAACAUGUGGCUGGAAUACUAUAACCUCGAACGAGCUUAUGGAGAUUCGCUCCACUGUCGAAAAGCGCUUCACAGAGCCGUCCAGUGCACCUCUGACUACCCAGAACACGUGUGUGAGGUCUUGCUCACCUUUGAAAGAGUGCAAGGCUCUUUGGAGGACUGGGAUGUGGCAGUCCUGAAAACCGAGACUCGCCUCAACAGAGUCAAUGAGCAACGGGCAAAGGUGGCAGAGAAAGAAGCCAUCCAAGCCCUACAAGAGGAGGAACAAUUUGAGCAGAAGCGGAAGGCCAAGGCAGAGAAGAGGGCUCAGAAAAAAGUUCAGAAGGGGGGUCGGUUUGGGGAGAAGAGGAAAGCAGAGCACGUGCUCGAUCAGGAUGAGUGGACUGACCAUGCAGACCAAGCUCCGAAGCGACACAGAGGAAAUGGUGAGCAAAGCAAGGAGGAGGACAUACUGACUCUUGAGAUUGAUCUCCAUGAGAAGGCUCCUCCUGGCUAUAAAGGUUCAGCGCGGCCUGGAUUCAACAAAGCCCAGCAGGCCAGCGCCCAGCAGCAGAGCGAUGAUAAAACAGAGCUUCGGAAUGAUGACAGCAGCGUGUUCGUGAGCAACCUGUCGUACACCCUGGAUGAGCCCGAGGCCAGAUUGAGGACUCUCUUUGAGACAUGUGGAACCGUCAAACAGAUUCGCCUCGUCUCCACCAACAAAGGGACCUUCAAGGGUUACGGCUAUGUGCAGUUUGAAAGCUCUGAAUCCGUCUCUGAAGCCCUCAAACUCGACAGACAGCAAGUGGAGGGCAGGCCUAUGUUUGUGUCACCAUGUGUAGACAAGAACAAGAACCCGGACUUCAAGAUGUUCAAGUACAACACAGCAAUGGAAAAACACAAAAUCUUCAUCUCUGGGCUACCAUUUUCCUGCACCAAGGAGCAACUGGAAGAACUAAGCAAGAAUCACGGCACCCUCAAGGAAGUUCGUCUUGUGACAUUCCGUUCAGGAAAGCCCAAGGGUUUGGCGUAUGUUGAGUUUGCAGAUGAAGCCCAGGCUUCUCAGGCAGUGUUGAAAAUGGAUGGCAUGUAUGUGGAGGGGAACAAAAUCUCUGUUGCUAUUAGCAACCCUCCUCGCAGAAACACCAGCAAACCUGGGCCCAGUCUGCCCACCACAAACCCGACGCCUCACCAGGUCCACGGCUCGAGAGGGAGAGGGCGCACACAAUUGUCAUUGCUCCCUCGCUCUCUGAAUCGCCAAAGUGGGUCAGCAAGCAAAGUGGAGAAUGGGACUGCGUCUGAUGAAGGUGCCGGAGAUGCAAAGCCUUUGUCCAAUGCAGACUUUGCUAAAAUGCUUCUGAAGAAGUGAAGAAAGAGGCUUGCUGGUUUCACAUGGAAAGCCAUCACGUGAUCCUUGCAAAAUUCAGUAUUUUGAGACUUUGACUUUCUGCAAAUGUCAGCCUUCUCGUCAUUUUUCCUGCGAGAUUGCCUUAACUGCAGAGCUGCUGCCCUCCACCAGCU